UAUCCGAAAUUGCAGUAUACGACUUGACCAGUCCCCGUCUCCUGUGUGCCCUCCGGAGUGGUGCACUCCUGGUGUGCCCCUCAGGGCUUGGUGCACUCCUGGUGUGCCCCUCAGGACUUGGUGCACUCCUGGUGUGCCCCUCAGGACUUGGUGCACUCCUGGUGUGCCCCCAGGGCGCGGUGGUUUCCUGGGUGUGGUGAUCUCCUGGGUGUGGUGAUCUGCCAGAGGGAUCUGGAAGGGGUUUUGUGUUUUUUGCCCAUUUCAGUAUGAGUUGAGGAGAGGCCUUGACUUUGGCUACCCAGUGUUCUCUGAUUGGGGUAUAGGCUGGCACUUGCCUUCCUGAGGGACUCUAGGGGCUCCCCAAACAUCUGCCUACCAGUGCAUUUAUUUACUUCAAGGCGCAUUAUUUUCUGCCGACAGGCGACGCCAAUGUAGUCACACGGCUUUUCAUUUUACACUUCAAGGAAACACAAGUUAACAUCCAGCACCACUUCCAUCGUGGCUCCAAAAUCAGCAGCAGGAGCAGUAUUAAGGGAAAACCAUGAUACAAACUGCUCCUGUAAUGAAGGUGAAAACGCACCAGUGUCCAGAGUGUGGGAAGAAGUUCAGUCGUCUUGGAAAUAUAAAGACUCACAUGUUAGUGCAUACAGGUGAUAAACCUCAUGAGUGUCUAGAAUGUGGGAAAAGAUUCAGGCAGCUUGGAAAUGUGAAGACUCACAUGUUACUGCAUAAGGAUGACAAACUUCACGAGUGUCCAAAGUGUGGGAAAAGAUUCAGUCAACUUGCAGGUCUGAAGAGUCACAUGUUGGUUCAUACGAAAGACAAACCUCAUGAAUGUCCAGAGUGUGGAAAGAGAUUCCGUCAUCUUCUAAGUAUGAAGAGGCACUCGAUGGUGCAUUCAGAUGAACGACCUUUUGAGUGUGCUGAUUGUGGCAGAAGAUUUAAGGAACGAAGUGCCUUAAUAAAGCACUUGAUAGUGCAUACAGAUGAGAAACCUCAUGAAUGUCCAAAGUGUGGGAAAAAAUUCAGGCAAUCUGGAUAUAUGAAGAGUCACAUGUUGGCACAUAAGGAUGAAAAACCUCACAAGUGUUCAGAGUGUGGUAAAAGAUUCACUCUGCUUGGAAGUCUGAAGAGUCACAUGUUGGUUCAUACGGAUGACGAACCUCAUGAAUGUCCAGAGUGUGGGAAGAGAUUCCGUCAUCUUGGAAGUAUGAGGAGGCACUCGAUGGUGCAUUCAGAUGAAAGACCUUUUGAGUGUGCUCGUUGUAGCAGAAGAUUUAAGGAACGUGGUGCCCUAAUAAAGCACAUGUUAAUGCAUACAAAUGAGAAACUUCAUGAAAGUCCUGAAUGUGGUAAAAAAUUCAGGCAGUCUGGAUAUAUGAAGAGUCACAUGUUGGCACAUAGGGAUGACAAACUUCACAAGUGUCCAGAGUGCGGGAAAAGAUUCAGUCUACUUGCACGUCUGAAGAGUCACAUGUUGGUUCAUAUGAAUGACAAACCUCAUGAAUGUCCAGAGUGUGGGAAGAGAUUCCGUCAUCUUGGAAAUAUGAGGAGCCACUCAGUGGUGCAUUCAGAUGAAAGACCUUUUGAGUGUGCUGAGUGUGGCAGAAGAUUUAAGGAACGUAGGGCCCUAAUAAAGCACCUGUUAGUGCAUACAAAUGAGAAACCUCAUGAAUGUCCAGAGUGUGGGAAAAAAUUCAGGACACCUGGAAAUAUGAAGAGUCACAUGUUGGCACAUAAGGACGAAAAACCUCACGAGUGUCCAGAGUGUAGGAAAAGAUUCAAUCUGCUUGGAAUUCUAAAGAGUCACAUGUUGGUUCAUACGGAUGACCAACCUCAUGAGUGUCCAAAGUGUGGGAAGAAAUUCCGUCAUCUUCGAAGUAUGAAGAGGCACUCGAUGGUGCAUUCAGAUGAAAGACCUUUUGAGUGUGCUGAUUGUGGCAGAAGAUUUAAGGAAAGAAGUGCCUUAAUAAAGCACAUGAUAGUGCAUACAGAUGAGAAACCUCAUGAAUGUCCAGAGUGUGGGAGAAAAUUCAGGAUGCUUGGAACUAUGAAGACUCACAUGUUAGUGCAUAAGGAUGACAAACUUCACGAAUGUCCAGAGUGUGGGAAAAAAUUCAGGCAGCUUGGAAUUAUGAAGAGUCACAUGUUGGCACAUACGGAUGGCAAACUUCAUGAGUGUCCAAAGUGAAGGAAAAGAUUCCGUCAUCUUGAAAGUAUGAGCUAAUUAUAUGAACAAGUGCCAUGUAUUUAUUCAGACGAGAACAACAGCGAACA